GCGGCCGCGGGGCGUCUGGGCGGCGUCGGGGCGGAGAUGAGCUCCGUGGCUUUAAGCCAGAGACAAAUGACCACCAUGGUUGACGCUUCCCGAAUCGGUGAGGAGCAGAACAUGACGGAAACAGACGCCUUCCCCAGGAGUGAAGUGAUGGAUCCGGAAGAGAAGUACAAAAUGAACCACACGAAGCGAGGAGUCGCUUUGAUCUUCAACCACGAGCGGUUCUACUGGUACCUGGGCCUGCCCGACCGCCGGGGCACCUGCGUAGACCGGGAUAAUCUCUGUCGCAGGUUUCGGGAACUAGGUUUCGAGGUGAAAUGCUACGACAACCUCAAAGCGGAAGAAGUACUGUCCAAGAUGUAUGACGCGUCAACCGCCAGCCACAUGGAUGCCGACUGCUUUCUCUGUGUUUUCCUGACCCACGGCGAAGGCAGUCACAUUUACGCCUACGACGCUAAGGUGGAAAUUUCCAUGCUGACAGACUUCUUCAAAGGCGACAGGUGUAAGAGCCUGGUGGGCAAGCCCAAGAUCUUCAUCAUUCAGGCAUGUCGCGGUGACAGACACGACGAGCCCGUCCAGCCCAUGGACGAGGUGGACGCAACCCGCCUUCCUGAGAGCAAUGAGACCGAGGUGGAUGCGGCGUCCGUGCACACACUGCCCGCCGGGGCCGACUUCCUCAUGUGCUACUCGGUGGCUGAAGGGUAUUUCUCGCACCGGGAUACCGUUUUCGGCUCGUGGUACAUCCAGGAUCUGUGUGAGGUGCUGGCGAGGUACGGCACGACCCUGGAGAUCACGGAGCUGCUCACGCUGGUCAACAGGAAGGUGUCCCGGCGCCGAGUGGACAUCUGCAACAACCCGGGCGCCUUGGGCAAGAAGCAGAUCCCCUGCUUCGCCUCCAUGCUCACCAAGAAGCUGCGCUUCCUGCCCAAGCCCCAGUGAGCCGGCUUCGUUGCGGAAUGACUCCGCACUCAUCUCUCUCGUACCAGGAGGGCCAAACGCAUGGUACAGCAGCUUGAAUCACGGUGAAGCGUUUUGGCUAAGAAUGACGAACAUUUGUAAUGUUUGAUUUUUAUAGUAAAUCACAAAAUUACUCUCCCCAUUUUAUAAAUUUUUUUAUAAAAGCUUAUGACCU